AUGGCGGACCUGGAGAGACCAGGCGCUAUAUACACCAACAAUUUUGCGUUUUGGCAAGCCGAUGGGGAUGUCACCCGAUGCCCAAACUGUUAUUUCGAGUUCUCCUUUUGGGUUCGAAAACAUCAUUGUAGAUGCUGUGGGAAAGUAUUUUGUGGUCAAUGUGCUCACCAGUUCUGCAAGUAUGAUACGGAAAGAAUUAAAGUAGUCAGGAGGUCAAAAUAUGAUACCGAGUUAGCCCCAUACCGAACAUGUGUAUCGUGCUACAAUAACCUAAAGAGUGCUCACCUACUAAUAAAAACAAUGGAACAACACCGGGGUGGAUCUGAGGCUAACUCGGACACAGAUCAGGGAACGAUAGAACCUGUCUGUGAAGCAUCAGCCACCCCUCUCUCGAUAUCGUCCCCAAUAGACCAUACUGUUCCCACCAAUCAGGUUUCAGACGAGCGGGACGAGAAUAAUGCAGAGGAAAGCCACUGUCCUAUUUGCAAUAUAGACUUCACGAAGAUAACAGAAAGCCACGAUAGUCAUAUCAUAGAGACUCACAUCGAAGAUUGUAUACGACGAGCAGAAAACAUUCAACAACAUCAUAAUAUCGACGUAGCCGCUGAAAAUGUGGAUGUCAACGCACAUAUUGCGGCCAACGCCUGUCCUACAGUUAAGAACAGAAUGCUAAUUUACAAAGUACCUGUCCCCCACGGUCAGAAAAAAGAAAGCAUAAGAGAGGAGGAUUACGAAGAAUGUCCCAUAUGUUUUGAAGCAAUGAUGCCGGGACAGAAAGUUGGCAGACUGGAAUGUUUAUGUGUUUUCCAUUACAAAUGCAUCAAAAGCUGGUUUGCUAAGAAAUCUCAAAAACUUGCAGCUGAAAGCCACAACUUGAGCAGUCUCGGCAAGAAUUUCUGCCCAUUGCAUGACGCAAUUUUCUAG